AUGGAGGUUCCAAGUUCCUGGGAUGCUCUUCGCAAGCAGGCAAGAAAACUUGAAGCUCAGUUGGAUGAGCAGAUGAAUUCCUAUCGUAAAUUGGUUUCUGCUAAUGUUUCUACAAAAGGUGAUGCUUCAGAGAGUGAUCUAGAGUCUUGGAUUGAGCGAUUACUAAAACAACUCCAACAAGUAAAUGCACAGAUGCAAGCUUGGGUGUCAUCUGGUGGUUCGGAAAUGGUUUCUCAUACUUUGACUAGACACCAAGAAAUUCUUCAAGAUCUCACGCAGGAAUUUUAUCGUCUUCGUACUAGUCUUCGUUCUAAGCAAGAACAUGCUUCACUGCUAGAAGAUUUUAAAGAAUUUGAUCGGUCAAGAUUAGAUUUGGAACAGGGUGUAGACACUGAACAACAUGCACUCCUAAAAGAGCGUGCAUCUAUAAGCCGAAGUACAGGACAUAUGGACAAUGUUAUAUCACAAGCACAAGCAACAUUAGGAGCACUUGUCUUCCAACGAUCAACAUUUGGCGGUAUCAAUUUGAAGCUUGGCAACAUGAGCAGUCGUCUUCCAACGGUAAAUAACAUCCUUUCGGCAAUAAAGAGGAAAAAGUCAAUGGAUACCAUUAUACUCUCCCUUGUUGCAGCCGUAUGCACAUUUCUCAUUUUCAUCUACUGGCUAUCCAAGUGA